AUGCCGUUCGCACAGCUCGUCGUUGGCAGCCCUGGCUCUGGCAAGAGUACCUAUUGCGAUGGCAUGCACCAGUUCAUGGGCGCCAUCGGGCGCGCAUGUUCCGUCGUGAACCUCGACCCAGCCAAUGAUCACACCAACUACCCCGUGGCGCUCGAUAUUCGGUCGCUCAUCAAGCUCGAGGACAUCAUGCGGGAAGAUAAGCUUGGGCCGAAUGGAGGAAUUCUAUACGCCCUCGAGGAGCUGGAACAUAACUAUGAAUGGCUUGAGGAAGGCUUGAAAGAGUUUGGAGAAGACUAUAUUCUUUUUGACUGUCCCGGCCAGGUGGAACUAUACACACAUCAUAACUCUUUGAGGAAUAUCUUCUAUAAGCUCCAGAAGAAUGGUUUCAGGUUUGUGAGCGUCCACCUCUCAGAUUCCAUCUGCCUCACACAACCCUCGCUCUACGUUUCGAACGUCCUACUCUCCCUCCGAGCCAUGAUCCAAAUGGACAUGCCCCACGUCAAUGUUUUGUCCAAGAUCGACAAAGUCCACGCAUAUGACGAACUACCCUUCAAUCUCGACUACUACACCGACGUCGAAGACCUAGGCUAUCUCACACCGUACUUGGAAGCCGAAUCUCCUGCUCUGCGCAGUGAGAAGUUUGGCCGCCUCAAUGAAGCCAUCGCCAACCUGAUCGAGAGCUAUGGUCUGGUACGAUACGAAGUCCUGGCCGUUGAGAAUAAGAAGAGCAUGAUGCAUCUCCUCCGCGUGAUUGACCGCGCGGGCGGCUACGUCUUUGGUGGCGCAGAGGGAGCCAACGACACGAUCUGGGCCGUGUCCAUGAGGAACGAGUCGUCCAUGAUGGGUGCAGAGGACAUCCAGGAACGCUGGAUUGAUAACAAGGAGGACUAUGACCGCAUGGAGGAUGAGGCCGAGGAGGAGCAAGAAAAGAUUCGGCAGCAGCAGGCCAUGGAAAUCGAGCAAUCUCAGCCAGCGGCUCCCAGCAGCGCAGGGAUGGACCCGGAUUUCGGAGAUAUGGCGGUGCCUGCAGAUAGCGGGAUCAAGAUAGUUAGAAAGAACAAAUGA